AUGUUGUUUGAGAAGCAACAAGGAGCGCUCCCUAGCACCACUGAGUCUAACCCAAGGGAGCACGUGAACACCAUCACUUUGCAUUCAGUUGAGGCGAAUAGUAAGGUUAAGGAAGCUAGGCAAAAGUUGAAACCAAUCCCAGUCAAGGAGUAUCAGCCCAAGAUUCCUUAUCCUGCUAGACUGAAGCAAGUAGAAGCGCAAGAGCAGUUUAGUAAGUUUUUGGAUAUUUUUAGACAACUGCAUAUUAACUUGCCUUUUGUUAAUGUAUUGAAGCAGAUGCCGAAGUAUGCCAAGUUCUUGAAGGACAUACUUAGCAGCAAAAGAAAGCUGGAGAAGAGCAAGUUACCAGAGAAACGUCACGAUCCAGGGAGUUUUGCUAUUCCUUGCACUUUGGGUAACUUGUGUGUUAAUGAUGCAUUGGUUGAUUUAGGUACUAGCAUAAAUGUCAUGCCCACGAGUAUGUUUAAUAAGCUAGGUUUGGGAGAGGCAAAACCCACUAGGAUGUGCAUUCAAUUAGCUAAUCAUUUUGUUAAGCUUCCUAAGGGGAUUGUAGAGAAUGUGCUAGUCAAGGUAGAUAAGUUUAUAUUUCCUGUAGACUUUAUGGUUAUGGAUAUGGAUAAUGAGCAUAUUGUGCCUUUGAUUUUGGGGAGGCCUUUCCUUGCCACGGCUAGAGCUAAAAUAGACGUGUUUGAGGGAAAGCUAGAGCUUAAUGUAGGAGAUGACUAUCUACCACAGGAUAUACUAAUUGAUGAUGCUUUGCACGUUUCCUUGCCUGUUCAUGUGAGUUAUUCAUUUGAAGAAAACAACUUGUAUCAAUUUGAAACUUCGUGUUAUGAUACACCCGAGAAGGGUAGUUGCAAGUUUGUUUAUGAUAGGUCAUCUAGACAGGAUUUGGAAUGGAUGAAUGGGCAUCCCAACUCGGUGUGGAGAGCACCUUCUUGGCCAUCUACUGCACACAUUGGACCGCCUCUUUAG